UUCAAUAUUCUUUCCCCUUACCUCUUCCCUCCUCAACUCUCUUUCCCUGUGCCUUUUAGCUUUACCCUUUUUCUCUGCAAUGGCACCACUUCUUAGCUCUCAAUCUUCCUCUGUUUCCCUACCAUCACUCUCUGCUCUUCUUCUCCUAGUUUCUCUUCAAUGCCAUGUAGCCUCUUCAGCUCUGCUAUACAGCUUGAAACACCACCACAACAGCAUCCACCACCAGAGACCCAUGAUCCAUGCCAACCAAACCAACUGUGCAAUGUUUGUAGGAACUUGGGUUCAUGAUGACACUUACCCUCUUUACCAAUCCUCAAGCUGCCCCAUCAUAGAUCCACAGUUCAACUGCAAAAUGUUUGGGCGCCCAGAUUCUGAUUACCUCAAAUACCGAUGGAGGCCCCUCAACUGUGAGCUCCCAAGGUUCAAUGGGGUUGAGUUUCUGAUGCAAAUGAAAGGCAAGACAAUCAUGUUUGUGGGUGACUCUCUGGGGAAGAACCAGUGGCAGUCAUUGAUUUGUAUGAUAUAUGCUACAGUGCCUCAGACACAAACGCAGAUGGUGAGGGGGAUGCCACUCUCCACCUUCAGAUUCUUGGACUAUGGUGUGACCAUUUCAUUUUACAAAGCUCCCUUUUUGGUAGAGGUUGAUGUGGCCCAAGGGAAGAAAAUUCUGAGGCUGGAGGAGGUAGAUGGGAAUGGUGACCCAUGGAGGAAUGCUGAUGUGCUGUCUUUUAACACUGGACAUUGGUGGACUCAUGUAGGAGCUCUUCAAGGGUGGGAUUAUGUUGAAUUAGGAGGCAAAUACUACCAAGAUAUGGAUCGUUUAACAGCUUUGGAAAGGGGUCUGAAAACAUGGGCUAAUUGGGUGGAUACCAACAUUGACCAAAGCAAAACCAAGGUCUUCUUCCUGGGAAUUUCUCCCUCACACACCAACCCAAAUGAAUGGAGUUCUGGAGUGACAACAGUGACUUCAAAGAAUUGCUAUGGUGAAACUGCACCAAUCAGUAGCAGUGGCACAGCGUACCCUGGUGUAUUUCCAGAGCAGAUGAAGGUUGUGGACAUUGUGAUUAGAGAAAUGAGAAACCCUGCUUAUCUUAUGGACAUCACAAUGCUAUCAGCACUUAGGAAAGACGCGCAUCCCUCCGUUUAUAGUGGUGAUUUGAGUCCUGCACAAAGAGCUAACCCUGAUUACUCUGAUUGCAGCCAUUGGUGCCUUCCUGGAUUGCCCGAUGCUUGGAACGAACUAUUCUAUACUGCAUUAUUCUACUAACUUUUCUGUUUAACUAGCUAAUUAACACAAUUUCUUGUAACACACUCUCUCUUGUGGUUUUUAAUUUUUAUAACUCUUAGUAGGUAAUCAUUUAUUCAGAGGGUUGCUUCAUAACAACUGUUUCAUAUGUAAAGAUGUGCUAAUUUAAGGAGAAAAGAAGUUGCUUGAUUCUAUUAA